GGUUACAUGAACAGUAGAGAUUAUUUUUUUUUUAUUAUAUAUGUAUAUAUAGUGAAUCUAUUUUAUUUCUGCUUAGCGGACAUUUGUAGAGAACGGAAUGUUGAUAUGUGCAGAGAACCGUCAGCGAAACAUUUUCCAUGGUUUGCAGGAAAUUGUAGGCGUGCCUUCGCUACGUUAUUGUAUGUGAGAAAGUUUGGCUCUAUGUAACGGAAUUGUUUCAAUAAAAUCGGCAUACUUGCCGCUCCAAGGUCGUAAAGUUUGAAACGGGGACUUUGGUCAGUGCAUAGAAGUUUGGGUCAGGAACUGUGGGAAGACGUUUUUAUGUAACAUAAUUGUGACUCUAUAACUAUUGUUGGAUUACUUACAGGGUUUCUUGGCUAGACCUACGUAGCCAGUGUGACGUUGUAACAAGAUUUUGGACAAUAAUAACAAUUGGUAUAACUUGAACUUUAGAGUUUUAAAUCCAGACAACUUUAGAAUUUUAAAUCCAAACAACUAGCGACAAAAAAGGGCAAUGAGAGCAAAAAUGAAAGUUGUUAUUCUUGCUGCUGGUUAUGGAACAAGACUGCUUCGCGAUCUGCAAAAUCAGGAAAAGUUUGCACAGCUGAUUAGCAUCCCAAAACCUUUGCUUCCCAUUGGUGGACUCCCUUUGAUUUCAUAUUGGGUAGAAGCCUUGAAAGCAAGAAAUGACGUUUCAGAUCUUACCGUGAUUACCAAUGAUCUUUACUUAAAAAAAUUCAAGGACUGGGCACAGAAAUAUCCUUACAUUACAGUCCUAACUGAUGGGACAUCCUGCAAUGAGGAUCGUUUAGGUGCUGUCUUUUGCCUGCAGCUAGCCAUUGAACAACUAAAAGCAGAUGAUCAUGUUAUGGUGAUUGGAGGGGAUACAUUGUUUUUUGAGGAUUUCCAUCUUAAUGAAGUUGUAACAAAAUUUGAAAUGAUUACCAAUACCAGUGGUAAUGCAAACUUGGUACUAACAUACCCUUGUAAAGAUGAAGAAACCAAUAAGUAUGGCAUUUUGGAAAUAGAUGAAAACCAGAGAGUAAUAGCACUGAGAGAAAAACCCUCUCCCAAAGAAACAGCAUCACGACAAGCGUGCCCUUGUUUUUAUAUGUUGUCAAAGUACACACUACCUCUUGUACAAGAAUUCCUUGAUGAGAAAAAGAAUUAUCCUAUUGAUGAGAAGGAUGCACCUGGUCACUUUUUAUCUUGGCUUAUAAAAAGAAGACCUGUUUACAUUCAUCCAGUAUCAGGCCGUUUUGACGUCGGAAAUCUUGAGGCAUAUGUAAAAUGCAACAAUUACUUCUUGAACAAAGAGAGUAUGUGUGGUUAUCUCCAGUGACUGAUUGCCAUUUAAGGAAAUCAUGCACCUUGAGGGCAACAUUAAGCUAGAAUUUGUCAUGAAAUGAACAGCAUCAAAGUCAUAUGCUCUGAACCGUUUGAAUUAGACAGAAACACAGAAGGCAGUUUACAGGAUUUGAGUUGGCUUGAGCAGGGGACCUCAGUGCCUUUCAAUUCAUAGGUAUUUUCUGGUGUUUAAUUUCCCACAGGGAACACAAGUUCUUGUGUGCAGCAUAACAGCUGGUUUGUCACUGGCCUUAACUGCCCUGCAAAGGUGAUUACUGUAAGGUUGCAUUUAUUUGUAAUGUAAUAAACAAUGAUGAAUUGUUAUCUAAAUGUCUACUACCUUCAGUGUACAUCUCAGUACAGAUGUGUUUGCAAACUGCAAAUAAACGUUGAGUUUUA